GACAAGAAACCAAGAGAAACUCCUGACAGAGUAUUGGUAAUCUACGCCUACACUGAAAUUUCUGAUUGGAAACAUGAUAUAAGGAAAAACAAUUUGCAAUUUUUCAUUGAUUUCGCAAUAAACGGUAAACACCAAGGUAGCGAUGUUGAUUACGUCUUUGUUGUAAAUGGAUACAACAAUAGUAUUGAUAUCCCUGCAUACAACAACACAUACGUGAUCGUUCGGGAAAACACUGGCUUUGACGCAUGCGCAUGGAAGGAAGCUCUGCUUCAGAUGAAAAAGUUGAAAGGAGAAUAUUGGUAUAAAUUCUUCGUGCUAUUAAAUGCAUCUGUUAGAGGACCUUUUAUACCUCCUUACGCUAAUGAUAAACAUUGGAUUACCUACUUUACGAAAUAUCUAAACGAUGACACAAAAUUAGUGGGUACGAGCAUUUGCUGUUCAAAGAAGCAUCCCGUACAUCUCCAAUCCAUGUUUCUCGUCACAAGCAUUUCGGGAUUAAGAAUCCUGGAACAAGAUGUCCUCAGAUGCUACAAGAAAAAAAUUUCAGUUAUUGAAAAUGUCGAAAAAAAGUCGUCACAGGUUUUUCUAAAAAGAGGCUUUAAUAUUGUGUCACUUUUGAAACAAUGGGAAGACCACGAUUUUCGAGACAAGAAUUUGACUGAUGAAAUGUGUAAAAAGCACAACAAGAAAAAAGGAGAUCCAUAUAUUCCAAAUACAUAUUAUAAUAACAUUGAUAUUUCUCCAUUCGAAGUCAUAUUUUUCAAAAACAACAAAGGUGCGAAUCAGAAAACACAUGAUGCAUACACACAAAUGAUGUUGGAAUGGAAACAAAAGUAUUCAAGCCAAAAAUCAGUGGGUUAUAUUACAACCGAUUCUAGGAAUUACAUCCACUUGUGAUUUUGUAUUUUCAUCGGAAUCAUCAGUCAGGCUCAGUAAAUGCAUGAGUUACAAUGAACAAUUCAUUUGAUUUUCAAUAUUUACUGAGAAUGGUGCCAUGGUUGAAUUGAACUUUUUGUCGAUUAUUUUCAAUAAAACUAUAACCAAACGUGUAAAUGAUAAUUUUGGUCUUCUGUCAUGUAUUGGUGAGGCAAUCAUGAAUAAGACCCUGCAAAUGUGAGAUGAUGCAAGUAUAUCGCUUAAAUUUACAUUUGGUGGUGUUUGGAAAGAUACAAGGAGUAAGAAAUACUCAGCACAUAUAAACAGAGACAUUACAGAGACAACACUCGCUGCAUAUAUGGAACACUCUGUAUAUUCAGGUAUUGCUUCUCUUAAGAAUACUCAAAUAUAUGCAAACGCAAUACUUUGUAAGUGUGCAAUAUAUUCACACAUUAUAAUUGCUUCUUUCUGACUAUAUCAAGCUAUUUCUAAGUUAUACUGCUCAUUUUAUAAUUGAGCAUACAAAUAAAAAACAGACUAUUUGUGCGUAUUUUUCUUUUAAUCAUGAUAAAACAAUAGUUAGAUAUAUAUAGCAAUUAACACUGGUUAUAUUUGCAUAUGAUCUGCAUAUAUGCCAUUUUUCAUGAGUAUUCCUGCAUAUUUUGGGAUAAGUAAUAUGCAGCAUGUGAUUAUAUUGAGACAUGCACGAGAAUAUAAACUAACUACAUUAGCAUAUAUGGAGUCAAGAUCGGUAUAUUUGACAUUCCUUUAUGAUCAUAUGCAGCACAUGAUAUGCAUAUUUUUGCUUAUUCAGGAGGACUGCUGGUAGACGCUGUUUUGUGAUUGGGCAUCGACCCAGGCAUUGUACAUAAACAGCUUUUACGUUUUUUUAUAAUUUAUUUAACAUUUAUUUAGAUGUGUUUGUACAGAGUAGGCCAAAGAAACGACCUCUACAAGUAAUAACUUCAAAUAGAUAAACAAAAUUGUAUACAUCGGGAAACGAAAAACAUUUUCAAAAGCAAUGAUAUGAUGUUCAAUACUAAAAAAAUAUGAUGAAACAUUUUGAUGGAUAUUAAUAGGAUAAUUAUGUUUUGGCCAAACCUGUAAACUGCUAAAAAAUAUAUUUACAUUGCAUUGUACAUGAUGUAACAUUAUAUUUCUAUCUAUAAAAUGGUGCGAACUUAUGCUCUUAAUCAAUGUAUGCAUAUUGCUCGAUCUUGAAAACUGUGUUUUUUGUAGUUAGAUCUUCUGGUCGCAAAUUCUCGUACAAUACUGAAUUCUGCAUUUUCCAUUCAAACUCCUUUCUUCUACAAGUUUCUCAAUAUCUAUGUAAAUUCAGCUAUCACAUGACUUCUAUUUUGCGAGAAAUUUGUCACUGCACACAAAUACACUGCUCUGCAGACACUGCUCUGAAAAUACAUAGACACUGCUGUGUAUUUUAAACAAUGAUACAAAGACACCAGUUUAUAGCAUACUGUUCAGCCAUACAGUAUAAUGGACCUUCCAAGACAAUCAAUUAAUUAAAUUAUCAAGAUCGAUGCAAAGUCUUAUAUUUACAACAAUUUGCCAUGUGUCUUUAUUGUGUUUUUUAUUCAUCGAACCUACUUAUAUCAAAACUCAAUCAUCUAUCUAUUAAGGGAAAUAAAAAGAGAAAUACAAAGCAAGCUAAACUUUCACUUACGAG